AUGUGUGGUAUAUCAUACAGAACGUUUUCCGGCUAUAAAACACACGUCCAUCGUCAUCAUGCUCAAUUAUUACAGACAAACAGCAUGAACAUUUUUCCUAGUGAUUACGAUAAUGCUGACGAUCAAGUUGUAUUUACAAUGUCAAAUGAUGAUGAUCUCAAUACAUUGUAUGGAAUUGAUGAUGAUUUAAGCGGUUCACUUUCGGAUAACGACGACAGUGAUGCUCAUAAGAGAGACAAAAUUACUCUGGAUGAUAUUCAAAAGACGUAUGCUAAAUUUUUGCUCCAGGUGAGAGAAGAAUUUAUCCUGCCGCAAAAAGUGAUCCAGUCAAUAUCCUCUAACAUUGUUUCGCUAUUCGAUUCUGUAACAGAAUUAAUUAUGCAAGAAACCGAAACUAAUCAAAAUCGAACAACAACAAUCAAAAACAACCGAGCGUUUAUUUCCAAAGCUUUCGUGUAUAACAUUAUUCAAGAGGUCGUUCAUGUAAUAGAUAAAACAACAAAAAAUGAAUGUGAGUAUUUUGUUUACUUUACAAUCGUUCUUUUGGAUCGAAAAUUACUGAUAAGCCAGUUUAUCCGUUUAUGUGAAAAAUUCUUCAAUUAUUUGCCACCACAAGAAAUUCAAUUAUCAAAAUCAGGUGAAGAAAAGGAAUUCGCUUAUUAUGUUCCAAUAACACAAUCGUUAACGUCUAUGCUUAAUAAAGAGGACAUGAUACCACUGCUUCAAAAGAAUAUUCAAUGGCAGCAGCACCAAACGACUCUUGAUAACGAUCUAAUGUAUUCGUAUCGUCAUGGAAAAAACGGUCAGCAUAUCGACGAUAACAGUUUCCUGAUCCAACUGUACGUUGAUGAUAUCGGUCUCACCAACCCCAUCGGACCCAAAAAAGACCAGCAUAAAAUGACAAUGUUUUACUUUCUCCUUGAAGAUAUACCUGAUAUGUUCAGAUCACCGGUGCAAUGCAUCAACCUUGUUGGUAUCUGCAAUAGCAAGUAUUUAAAUGAUCAGGAAAAAUCUAGACAAUUUUUUAAGCCGAUUAUUGAUGAUUUAAAUGAUUUUCAGACGAACGGGUUAUUUAUUCUAACAUUUAACCGGGUAUUACAUUUCUCUUUCUCAACAAUAUCUGCGAAUAAUCUAGCAGCAAAUGAAAUCGGUGGAUUCCAACGAUCGUUCAGUACGGGCCAUUUCUGCCGUCCCUGUUUAUUAUCGUAUAAUAAUCGUGCUACACCAUUAACCGAUAUAACUAUCAUUCAACGAAAUGAAAAUAAACAUGAACAAUAUUUACAGCAGUUAUCAAAUGAUCCGUACAUUAGAUCGAUUUAUGGUGUUGUUGGUCCAAGUGUAUUUCAAGCCCUUCCAGGAUUUCAUUCAGUAAAAUCCUUACCAGGAGAUUUGAUGCAUGACUUUCUUGAAGGUGUUUGUCCAAUUGUUAUUAUAGCAAUGCUGAAAGAAGCCUCUUCUGAAAAACUUUUAACUUACGCUCAAAUCCAAAAAACUAUGCAAGAAUUUGAAUAUGGAUCGUUGGAUUCAUCGGAUAAGCCACCAGUCAUUCAAGUUAAACACCUGCACAACGGGGACAUUGUGGGAAGUGCGUCUCAAAAAUUUCUUCUCUUUCGAUUGUUUCCAGUUAUCUUUCACACAAUAGUCGAUAAACUAAAAACGUUCAAGGUAUAUAUUCUGUUACGUGAAAUGCUCGAAAUGAUUAUGGCAUCGCCGUGUCGACGAAGUUGGCUUCCGUACCUCCAAACGCUGUCCGUCGAAUUUCAGUGUUUGAUGGCUCGUUUGCUACCGGACCAUAUGAUUCCAAAAAUACAUUUUGUUACUGAAUAUGCCAAAAUCUGCGACGAUAACGGGCCUCCGAUGAAAUUUUGGUGUAUGCGUUAUGAAGCCAAGCAUUCGUAUUUCAAACAAAUAGCACUACGUGCGAAAAAUUUCAAAAACCCACCAAAAAUGCUGGCUACUCGGUAUCAACUCAAACAAUGUUUACUAUUGUCAAAAUGUAACUUUUUGAAAAAUCAUGAGGUGGGUAGUGGUCUUAAAAUUAUUAAUAUACAAGAACUAAACAGUGUUGUGAGAAGAAUUUUAUUGAAUGCGUCUGGGAUAGACCUAUUGGAAAAAGAACUUCUUCAAUGUACAUCACUUUAUUAUGAUCACGUGUGGUACAAACAAGCGGCUGCCUACGUCUAUCAAUUAGCCCACGUCGAAGAAAUUCCGUUGUUUUUUCAAAUUGCUUACAUAAUCAAGAUACAGAAAAAGUGGAUGUUAAUUGUUGAUCAAUUAGUAACAAAACAAUAUGACAAUAGUUUAUGCUGUUGGCAAUUAGAAUCGCAUGACAGUUUAGAAUUAAUAUCACCAACUGACCUCGAAUAUUAUCACAAAGGACUCGAUAUUUACGAAGUAAAAGAUCGCGAAGAAAUUGAUGGAGAGACGUUGAUAUUAAUGAAUGAUAUAAACAAAAUCAAGGAUUUAGUGCCAAAAUACAAACACCAAUUGCUCUUUAUUCGUGAACAUGAGAAAUUGUUCAAAACUGUUGUUCUUGGUAUUAGUGGCAGACAAAAUGAAGCAGUUACGACGAUGAAUAUGGACGAACAUGUUUCAAAUGAGCCAUUAUGUGAUCGGAAUGUACCAUCGUCAUCAACAGAAAACAUUCCUCCGUCAAAAUCGAUGCAGAAAAAAUUUCCUGAAACAUACGAAUAUCCUGAUCGUCGUCAAUAUGAAGCCGUUUCAUUUGCAAUAUUAAAAAAGCUCAAAAAAAUAUGGAAGGAGACAAUACAGGCUAAAUUUAAACGCCAGAGACGGCCAUUGGCAGAUAUCAAACAGAUGAAAGAAAAAUUUUCUCGUCCAGACAAUGGCCGACCUAUUAAAAAGAAGACAAUGAUAUUGGCAGAACGAGACUCAGAAAAGAAAGUACUUAUUCAAAGUAGCAACACUGACGACGAAGGAGAGCAAGAAAAACGAGUACAGUUGAUGAAUGAUGAAUUAGAAAAAAGUGGUACCGAUUGGAAAAUGGUCUUGGAAUUAUGGCGAUCAACAUUAAAAUCACGUCGAAAAUUUGUGAAUAUAAAUAGAACCGAUGAAAUAUUGAAAAAAUACCCUGGUUAUAAAAUACCAGUAUUGAUAUUUGCGGAAAUGGAAAUGCUCAUUGGUGUAACCAUCGGAACAAAAGUGCGAAGUGAUUUACCAGCCUUGUUAGAAAAAUUAUCUCCAAGUCCCGCGUUUGUGACUGAUCAAUUGCCAAUAAGAAUUAUCAAAGUCAUUGCUCGUACAUUUGACGAAUCAUGGCAUCAUACUAUUCGCGUCAGUGUAUGA